AUGUCUCCCCGGUUCUCUCCGCUGCUCCCCGGCACAAACCCUCGGCCUCCGACCGCCUCUCCGACCGUCUGUGCCUCCGACCGCCUCUCCGACCGUCUGUGCCUCCGACCGUCUGUGCCUCCGACCUCAGGGAUGUUUCGGUUGUGGUUCAGCGCGGGGGUGGUGCUGUGGCUCGUCCCCGGGUGUGUGGGGGUCGCGGCCCGCCUGUACACGGAGGACGACCCGCUGGUGAUCCUGAGCGGCAGCAGCCUGCAGCCCGCCGUCACGAACUCGUCCUCGGCCUGGCUGGUCCAGUUCUACUCCUCCUGGUGCGGACACUGCAUCCAGUACUCCAGCACAUGGAAGACCCUGGCCCAGGACGUCCAAGACUGGCAGCGGGUCAUCCGGGUCGCGGUCCUCGACUGUGCUCAGGAGCAGAACUUUGACGUGUGUAAAGAAUUCAGCAUCAAGUUCUACCCAACGUUCAAGUAUUUUCGGGCCCACGCUGCAGCGACAGACAAAGGGACAAUUUAUAGAGGUGCAGACAGACAGAUCCAGUCAGUGAGACAGUUGAUGGUGAACAUCCUGCAGAACCACACCAGACUGGACUGGCCUGAUCACUGUCCACCACUAGAACCAUACAGCUCUGUGGAGCUGCUGCCUCUGUUAGGUCGGAGGUCAGAUCACUUCCUCGUCAUCAUCGUGGAGGAACCGGACUCGUUCGUGGGACGAGAGGUGAUCCUGGACCUCCUGCAGUUCUCAGGUGUGGAGGUAAGACGAGCUCUGACCUCUGACCUCCCCCUGCUGGAUGCUCUGAAGAUCACAACCUUCCCCUCUGUCUACCUGCUGCACCCCAACGGGACACACACACACCUGCAUGUCGAGAAGUGUCUUCGUUUCUUCUUCGUGUCUUUUCUGAGGACGUUACCAGGAGUUCAGCGCAGCAGCAGCAGUUCCAGUGUCGCUCAGAUGGGGGCGCUGCCCGACACACAGAGCACUGAGCCCUGGAGAGACUUCAACAGGUCGAAGGUGUACACAGCUGACCUGGAGUCAGCCCUCCACUAUCUGCUGAGAGUCGAGCUGGCUACCCACAAUGCCCUGGAGGGGGAGGAGCUCAAGGUUUUCAAGGACUUUGUCAUCUUGGUUGCUAAGUUGUAUCCAGUCGGUGGUUCAGUGGUGAAGUUGAUGGAGACUCUCUCUGAUUGGCUGCUCAGUCUACCACUUCAGCGAAUCCCAUACCAGGCUAUCCUGGACCUGGUGGACAACAAGAUGAGGAUCUCUGGCGUGUUCCUGGGGGCGGAGCUCCGGUGGGUAGGUUGCCAAGGCAGCAGGGUGGGGCUCCGAGGUUACCCGUGUUCCCUGUGGACUCUGUUUCACGUCCUGACUGUGCAACACGAAGCCACGCCCACUGCCCUGGAGAACACAGGUCUGGAGGGCGAGUCGGCGCCGGUGCUGCAGGUGAUGCGUCGCUACAUCGGUACGUUCUUCGGCUGCGAGGAGUGCGGGCGACACUUCGAGCAGGCGGCGGCCGACGGUCUGGACGCUGUUCAGGACCCGGAGCAGCAGAUCCAGUGGCUGUGGAACCAACACAACAUGGUCAACUCCAGACUAGCAGGCUCUCUGAGUGACGACCCCCUCUUCCCCAAGGCUCCAUGGCCAAGCCCCGCCCUCUGCGCCUCCUGCCACGAGGAGACAAACGGCGUCCACGUGUGGAACCAGGACAACGUCCUUCGCUUCCUCCGACAUCACUACGGAGCCUCCAACCUGUCGCCCAGGUACUCCCUGAUUCCCCCACGACUCCCUGCACCUCCUCCAAACCCUGGACCUGGUCCUGGUCCUGUGCAGACCAGCUGGCCUCAGGAGGAGCAGCGAGGAGGAGGAGAGAAGAAGGGGGAGGAGGGGAGACCUGGGGAGCAGCCAGAGGUCCAGAGGGGGGAGGACAGGAGUGAGGUGCCAGGGCUCAGGAGGGGAGGAGGAGCAGGAGGUAGAGGAAGAGCAGCAGGAAGAAGAGGAGCAGCAGCAGCAGCAGGAGGAGGAAGGGGAACAGCAGGAGGAGGCGUGUGGAUCCUCGGUCUGGGCUUUGACAGCGUGGACAUGAGUCUGUGUGUGGUUCUCUACGUCUGCUCUUGCCUCUUCCUCAUGCUCCUCUUCUUCUUCUUCAAAGUCCGAUCUAGGAGGUGGAGGCUCCGACACUCCCGCCUCCAUGUCUGAACUGGACUGGACUGAGUCAGUCCGGGUCAGACAGAUCCACAGGGGUCGAACACAGGAUCAGAAACUAAAUGAACCACUGACGUUGGCAGGAUCUCACUGACCCGCCCCCUCUGAGGGCGGAGCCUGUUCUGGUCUGACUGCACCUUCAGUGUUUUUAUUCAGAUCCAGAUCCAGAUCCAAACCCAAAGGAGACCGGGUGUUUGAUGUGGAACCUGGUCUGGAUUCUGGACCCAGAUCUGUGAGGGACCAGGAUCAGACUAGGUUGAACUGGAUCAGCUGUGCUGGGCAGAAAACUAACCUGCUGACAGACGACACAGCUGUUCAGAGGCUCCGCGCCCUGAUGAACUGUGUUUGUUACUAUGAAAGAUGGACCCGUUCUGAUUGAACGAGACUGAUCGAUUGCAGUCUUAUAGUCAUGGAUUCUGGGAGCUGCUGUAGUUUUAAAGUGUAAAUAGAAAGUCGUCCGUUCGUAAAUCCGUGUUCCUCUUUAAUGUAUUUCACUUUUAAACUUAGAAAAAUGAGAUGACAUUUUUUACAUGAGUAUUUUCAGUAAGGACCUUUCAACGAUGUUUUCACCAGGUUUCUUUUAUUCAUCGUUUCAUGUUUGAGUCUUUUCAUCAGAUAAUAAAACAGAAACAUUUUAACUGUGA